GCUCAGUAGAGUUCACAGCGCGAAGCAGCUCAUUUGCAAAAUUAAUCUGUACAGAAGCAAAAGCGCAACGCAAUGAAACGAUUGUUGUUCCUCGCAUUAGCCAUCACAUUGCUGAUAAAGGAUGCGCUUAGCUUUCCCACGCCUAGCGAAACCACCUCCACCUACGAAGUCAAUGAAAUCGAGCAUGGCGCAGUUGCAUCUGUAAGUCGCGCAUCACCUGCAGCUACGGAAUCAGAAAGUUUGAGCAGCAGGAAACGUGUCUCAGCUUUGGCAUUCAAACGAUACACCAACUUGCUGGUUUUCCAACUCGAGCGCACACACCAAAUUGCCAAAGAUGCUCUCGCCGACCCCACAAUUGCAGAGUUAAGCAGCGAGCAGACGCAUGGAAAAAUCGAGAUACUACGCAAAUAUGUGACCCAAUCAGAUUUAGCGGAAUUAAAAAAAGUACCGCCUGCAGAAAUACCAAACAGAUAUUACUUAGCUAUUGGAACUAUUUUUGUGCUUGGACAUUUUGACAGUGUCGUACGUGAGUUAAAUGCUACAAGCGAAACAGGUAAGACCCGCUCUGAGAACUUGCUUUGGGCAGCGCUGCAGCGUCAUGGCUUACAGGAGUACCUGGUGGAGUUGGAAAAGCGUGGCAUAGAACUUUUCGAAAGUUGUGUGGAUGAUUUUGAAAAAUAUGUGAAAUCACUUUCCUCCGCUGAGCGGGAAAAUGAUGAGGUAGCGCGUCGCUACGAUAUGUACAUACAACAUCCAGAGCGCCUUUCCAAAAGAGAAUUCGCCGGUCAACUGCUCGAUGUGAUCCUUCGUGAUGCGGCGAAAGCAUAUGAAUAGUUAUGGAAAUUGCUUCUGGAAAACCUACAUAUGUAUGCUCGAAUCCAAUAUAUACAAUAAAUAUAUUUGCUUUUGCUCUAAAGACAACUCGUAUCCUCUUAUCAGUAAUGAAUCUUAUUGAUGCUGGGAGUAACUGGAAUACCUGCAUACGCUUACGUGAAUAAACCCAACAAAUAUUUUCAUUUGAUUUCGUCAAUUAUUAUUAGUCAGCAAGCAACUUUAAAAUUUCACGGAAUAAGACACUGUAAAUUUAUAAUAUGGGAAACCACCUACUUACAUAUGAAUGGUUUUCGAGAAAAGCGACACAACCCAAAAUUAACUCAAAUUCGGAGUUUUGCCGUUAAAAGCAAAAAUCAAUUACAGAGUUUAUAAAUUUUUAUCUGGAAAAGCGUCAUAAGCGAAUCUUGAAGCAAUUCUGAGAGAUGGCGUUAGUUUCGUUUUGUCAGGUGAUCGAAUUGGCGUGUCACUUAUCUUGAAAACUGACCCAACUCAGUAUUUUGUAUUUUUGAAUUAUGUCACUUUUCUCGAAAAGCAUCGAUAUGUACAUAUUUGUUAUAAUAAAUUUUGCAUACAUUA